GCAUCCCCUCCUCUGUUUUCAUUCAUUCGCAACGUCAUGCUACCAGUCACCUAGGGCAGAUGUCAGACACCCUUCCCAAAAAAUGGCCAAACGGAAGGUGGAAAACAGGAGCUUUCUAGACAGGUGGGAGACAGAAUAUCUGUUCAUGACCGUAAAGGACAGACCUGUUUGUAUUGUGUGCGGAGCCAAUGUGGCUUUAAUGAAAGACUAUAAUAUAAGAAGAAUGGAGAUAAAGCAGAAGCCCCAGAAGGUAGAGGAGAUGAAAAGAAGUUUGGUUUCACAACAGACUAUGUUCACAAAGGCCACAUCCCAAAGUGAAGCUGCUGUAAAGGCGAGCUUUAUUGUGGCAGCAGAGAUCACUAAAUCAGCCCGACCCUUUACUGAGGGAGAGUUUGUCAAAAACUGCAUGAUCAAAGUUUGCGACGUUGUGUGCCCUGAUAAAAGGCAAGCAUUUUUAAACGUGAGCUUGAGCAGAAACAUUGUUGCUGAUCGUACAUGUGAGCUUGCCAAAAAUCUGCUGAUAGAAAAGGGAAAAGAUUUUGUUGCCUUUUCGCUACAGUUUGAUGAAUCCCUGGAUGUAAUGGACACAGCUCAGCUUGUUGUAUUUGUCAGGAUGGCGUUCCCGGACUCUACAACAAAAGAGGAUCUCCUCACUCUUUUGCACUUAAAGGAGAAAACGAGAGGUGAGGAUAUUUACAACGCGUUUAAAAAAUAUGUCCGCGAUAAUGACAUCCCCAUUCACAAACUGGUGGCAAUUACCACUGAUGGAGCCCCAGCGAUGCGCGGUGUGCGCGCUGGAUUUAUUGCGCUGUGCCGUAAUGACCAUGAUUUUCCUGACUUCGUGAAUUACCACUGUGUCAUUCAUCAGCAGGCCUUGGCGGGGAAGGUCUUGAACUUUUCUCAUGUUAUGAGUCUGGUGGUCAAACUGAUCAACUCGAUUAGAGCAAAAGCGCUUCAGCACCGCUUAUUCAAGGCGUUAUUGGAUGAGCUCGAUGCCGCGUAUGGAGACUUACUUCUCCAUGCUGAUGUCCGGUGGUUGAGUCGCGGCAAAGUGCUGCAGUGGUUUGUUGAUUUGCUGCCCGAGAUAAAGACUUUUCUGGAGACAAGGAACGAGGAGCAUGAGGAGCUGUCAGAUGAUCAGUGGCUGCUGGACCUGGGGUUUCUGACAGACCUGACGGCAAAACUGAACGCACUGAACAACGAGCUCCAGGGAAAAGACAGACACCUGCCACACAUGAUAAGCGCAGUGAAUGCGUUCAAGGCCAAGCUCGGUGUUUGGAACACACAGCUGAAAAACGGGAGGCUGACAUACUUUCCCAACCUGGAGAAAAUGUCACAGGCCAUCGGUGACAAGGACGUUUUUCACCCUGAGCAGUACUGUGUUCACCUGGACAAAGUGGCAGCAGAGUUCAGUCGGCGUUUUGGUGAAUUAGACGUCAUGGAAGAUGUUGCUGCAUUCGUCUUAAACCCAUUCCUGACCAUUGAUGUGGAAGGAGUCUGA